GCCAACAUUUUGUUUGCUCUAGGAUAGCCACAAAAAUGCUGGCUAACAAGACUUCCGUUCGGCAGACUGCCGGCAAGGCCAGCUCGCGCGCACAGGCCGCUAUUCCUCACCUGAUCAGCAGCCGUGUGGAGGUUCGCGCCAGCGGUGUGGUUCCCUUCAGCGGCGUGAAUGUGAAGGCAGCCUCCGCCUCCGCGGCGCCCCGCGCCCGCGCCAUGGCCGCCUCCCGCCAGGCGGUGCGCGUGGCCGCGGCUGUGGACGCUGACUACCGCAAGCGCGAGCCCAAGGACGUGCGCGUGCUGGUGGUGGGCCCCACCGGCUACAUCGGCAAGUUCGUGGUGAAGGAGCUCGUGAGCCGCGGCUACAACGUGGUGGCGUUCGCGCGCGAGAAUGCGGGCAUCAAGGGCAAGAUGGGCCGCGAGGAUAUCGUCAAGGAGUUCCCUGGUGCGGAGGUGCGGUUCGGCUCUGUGCUGGACCCCGCCUCGCUGCGGGACGUGGCAUUCAAGGACCCGGUUGACGUGGUGGUCAGCUGCCUGGCCAGCCGCACAGGCGGCAAGAAGGACUCGUGGCUGAUCGACUACACCGCCACCAAGAACAGCCUGGACGUGGCCCGCGCCUCGGGCGCCAAGCACUUUGUGCUGCUGUCCGCCAUCUGCGUGCAGAAGCCGCUGCUGGAGUUCCAGAAGGCCAAGCUCCAGUUCGAGUCGGACCUGCAGGCUGCCGGUGACAUCACCUAUUCCAUCGUGCGCCCCACCGCCUUCUUCAAGUCCAUUGCCGGCCAGAUCGACAUCGUGAAGAAGGGCAACCCCUACGUCAUGUUCGGCGACGGCAACCUGGCAGCCUGCAAGCCCAUCAGCGAGGCCGACCUGGCGUCCUUCAUUGCCGACUGCGUCACCGAGCAGAACAAGGUCAACAAGGUGCUGCCCAUCGGCGGCCCCAGCAAGGCCUUCACGGCCAAGCAGCAGGCCGACCUGCUGUUCAACAUCACCGGCCUGCCGCCCAAGUACUUCCCGGUGCCUGUGGCGCUCAUGGACGGCAUGAUUGGCCUGUUCGACUCCCUGGCCAAGCUGUUCCCGCAGCUGGAGGACAGCGCCGAAUUCGCGCGCAUUGGCAAGUACUAUGCCACCGAGUCCAUGCUGGUGUACGACGAGGCGCGGGGCGUGUACCUGGAGGACGAGACGCCCGGGUACGGCAAGGACACGCUGGAGGACUUCUUCAGCCGCGCCGUGAAGGAGGGCCUCCAGGGACAGGAGCUGGGCGACCAGGCCGUGUUCGGACAGCAGUAAGGAGUAUGGCGACUGAACUGCUGCAGCAGCGUGUCGCUUGCGCGGGCUGGUAGCUAGUACCGUUUGGUCGUCCGCUCGGAUACGGACGGUUCUUGGGGGGUGGCACUCCAGUUCGGAAGACGCGGGGACGUGGAGAAGAGCAGCUUCGCGUUGUUGCCCGGAAGCGGAGUCUGUUGGCUGAAGUAAAAAGCGUGCGGCCUGGGUCGGCACCUGGGGCGGAGCGAGGGAGUGCAGGCGGGCCCAUGGCGGCGUGGGCCGCGAGUUCAAUCGAACAGCGGAGUUGACUAUUUCAUUUCGGGGCGCAGAUCGUGGGCGCAGAUGCUAAUGUUGCAUGGAGGGCGCGCACUAUUGAGUGCAUGAGCUUUGAGUGGAGCGUGCGCGGGCGGAUGGCUAUGGAAGGGGGAAUGAGCUAUGAGUCGGCUGCUGUGCGCCGGUGCUCAGCCGAGACGGCACUCCCUGAGGCACUCCAAGCGCCUGCAGUACAAUUUUGCAGUGGAUGUCGAAUCGUGUGCCGUAUAGCAGGUGGAACAAUGGAGUUGUGAGUAUUGAGCAUGCAGUUCUGCAGCCGCAAGAGCUGAGACGCAUGAACUGCAUGAACAGAGCCUGACAUAUGGCCCCAUCCGUGUGGGGGCACCGUGUGUCUCCGUUGCCGCAGCAAAGCACGCAGGGGGCUGACUGUCCGUCGCGUCGAAGCAAUUUCUUUUGAACGCCGACUGCAAUCGUGAGAUACCGUUUUCGUUGCUUCGUGCGGGAACGCGAUGAGUGCGAGGGAACGUCAGAUGGCACCCGCUGGACAGUGUCAGUCUGCUGGCGCGGAGGCUGUAAGAACGCAGGGGG